AUGGAUUUCAUAUAUGAUUAUGAUCUAGAUACUUCAGAAGCAGUGUCGCUACCGGCACCAGCGUCCCCUGCCAACAUCUCACUAUCGAAUAUUAACAACUCUUCCCCAGCGUUCACCGAAGAUUUCACCAAAAGACUAAGUAGUCGAUUUUCAAUAUUAUCCAGCAUCAAUGCGAAAUCACCGGACUCUUGUUCUUCAGAACCUGACUCUGGGGAAGGGCUAUCGAACAACCAAUUGGCCGAUCAGUUUGCAAAACUCUCCAUCGAUAUGAUCAGACAAUCAGAACAAGAACUCACUAAUAGCCCAUCAUUAAAUGCUUAUGCAUCAUCGUCUAAUAUUAGGAAGAGCACUCUCUCAGAAAAGCUCUUCAAGAUUCUCAAUAACUCCUCGACUUUAUCAAGUCAUCUUGACGAUACCACGAUAAAGACCAGCUUACAACUUCUUGAAGCGAAAAAUUAUCUCAAUUCAUCGAAUGAUUCACAAAUUGACGAGGAUUAUGAUUUAAUUAUUCAACCGGGGAUAUUGGGUACGGUAUCCAGAAGAAAAUUGAAAAUAAAUAUUCAAAAUGAAGCAUUAUUGGGGAGUGACAAUAUGUUGGCGAAAUUCGAACCGAUUUAUAACAAUCUAAAGAAAUUAGAUAAAGAUGUGGAGAAUUUGAACCAAAUUAAUGAAAAAAUCAUUGAUGAAUUGAGCACUUUGGACAAAUUCAACGAGAAAAACUUCAAACAAUCAGAGAAAUUCAAUCUUUCGGUGUUGAAGGAUUUAAAAGCUCAGAAAGAUAAAAUCUUGAUUAAAAAACAUAUUCUCAUGAGUUUCCAAAAGAAGUUCCAAUUAAACGAAUACGAAAAAUUCUUGUUACAAUCGUCUAAAGAUAUUGAAACUAACACCCAAGACUAUUUCCAAAGUUUUCAAAAAACCAAAACCAUCUAUGAUAAUUGCUAUUUACUCUUAUCGAUGAACAAUCCAAAAAUCGGUUUAGGAAUCAUGAACGAAAUGAAAUCUUUGAUCGACACAGCAUUAAACAAUAUGAAUUUCUUCAUCAAGCAAAACCUAUCAGAACUUAAUGUGUUGAAAAAAGCCGAUUUCCAAGUAUUGAAAAACUGUAUUUACGCCAUAACCAAUUCUAUCUCCAAAGAAGAUUUGUACACUCCAGAUAACAACCAACGAUUAGAUAUUGUGGAAAUUAUUGCGUCUAAUAAAUACCUCAAAGAAAUGAUCCACAAUUUCAUCGAUUCGAAAUCCAAGAGCGUUUUGGCAGAAUUUGAAAAUAUCGUGCGCGAAAAUGAACGUCAAAUGUAUUCUGCAAUCCAUGACCCAAUGAGAUUUAUUGGGGAUAUGCUCGCGUCAGUGCAUUCAUUGAUUGUCAGUGAGCGAGAAAUUCUCGAGUUUUUGUGCCAGCCAGAUGAGGCUAAUGAGACACAAAUUAUCAUUGAUCAACUGAUUAUCGAUAUUAAUGAUCUUGAAAACCACAUUUUGAAUAACAUUAUCGGGGUUUUGAAUAAUCCUUUAAAGUUGCGGUUGGAACAAACCAUUCGCUCGCAAAAUGAUGUAUCUAUCAUUUCCAAGCUCUAUGACUGCUUGGAUCUUUACAAAUUGAUGUUUUCCAAACAACUCCGUGAUGAAAGUGCGAUCAUUGAUACCCUUAGCGAUCUUCAGAGUUUACUUCAAGAACGCACCUUCAGUAUUCUUCACAGCAAACAGAAUUAUAUCGUCAAUGGAUCAAAGGGGUUAUUGCGUCAGUCUAUAGAUGAUAGCGACUUACAAUGUCCUGAUUGGUUGAUUGAUUAUAUGAAUAGCAUCCAGGAUAUUUUGAAGAAUUUCAAUAAUUUGGGAUCCUCCACUAAUUUCAUGAACUUAUCAGAUGAUUUAUUGAUAAAAUUAAUUGAUUUGCUCAUUGAUAAACCAAUCGAGUUUGUGGAUCAACAAAUUUCUAAUAGUGUACAAUCUUUGGGGACCGGAUCGGCAAAAAUUGUCAAAAUUAAUUGUUUGGAUUUAAUCAUGAAUAAGAUUAUGACCAUUAACACGCUUUCGUUGAAAUACGACGAAAUCAACGACGCGAUAAUUGAGGAAGUUGAACAACUCACCAAUAUUGCUAACGAGAUAUUAUUGAAAGAAACAGGAUUAUUAGAGAUCUCAGAUGCAUUGAAUAAGGUGUAUCCGGUUGAGAAAUUUUCCGAGAUCGAAAUCGCCAAAAGACUUAGGAAACCAAUUGAUAACCCUGAUAAGAGUGUGAAUUACGAUAUUUAUCAAUCAUUGAUCUACAAUAAUGAUGAGCGCCAUUCUCCUGCUUUAUUGUUCUCACCGCAAAAUUUACAAUCUGUCAAUGGCAAAAUCGAAAUGUUUAUUCCCGAUGCGCUCUCUCAUCCAUUUUUUGGCAAUUUAUCCCAGAUAUCCUCACCAACCAUCGCCAAUGAGAUCUCCGAGUCCGGGUUCUUGCAAUUUGUCAACUUUUAUCGGGUGGUGCAUACUUUAGUGGUAAUUUACUUGAAUAACUCCAGUGGCCAAGGCAGUGAUUUUGGCGAUGAGGUUGGUGAUAGACUUUUUGGCUGGAACGAUAUUGAGAUUGCCACGCUAUUGGGGGUGGAAAAAGCCUACAUGGAACAACAAAUGCCCGACCCACAAGAAGACGAAGAUAGAAUUAGUAGUAUCGGUGAACGUGACUUGGAUUCUAAUGAUAUUAUAGAGGAUGGUGAUAUAUAG